AUGGCCCAGCAAAGGAAAUUGAAAGAGUUGGCAGCGCCAAAUCUUGACCAACAACCAUUAUGCAUCCAGUAUCCACCGUUGGAUGUAAACUUUGAGCUAAAAUCGGGCCUCAUCCACUUAUUGCCUUCUUUCCAUGGGCUGCCUGGUGAGGAUCCGAAUAAACAUUUGAAGGAAUUUCAUAUUGUCUGUUCUAGUAUGAAACUCGCUGCAGUGACUAAGGAACAAUUUAAGCUGCGAGCUUUUCCUUUUUCCCUAAAGGAUGCAGCUAAAGAGUGGUUGUACUAUCUUCCACCGGGUACUGUUGAAACUUGGAAUGGUAUGAAGACUAUGUUCCUAGAACGAUACUUUCCAGCAUCUAAAGUUGGAAGCAUCAGGAAAAAGAUCUGUGGAUUACAAUCACUGGAUUGGAGUAUGAUUGAUGCAGCCAGUGGGGGUGCACUAGUUGAUAAGACUCCUGUUGCAGCCAGGAGCUUGAAAUCUAAUAUGGCUGCUAACUCACAACAGUUUGGCAUUCGUCAAGAUCCUGUUCCACCGCCCAAAUCAGGUAAUGAAGUGAGCACCUCUAAUGUUAAUCAGCUGGGUCAACAAUUGGCUCAAUUAACUGUAGUGGUCCAACAACUAGCUUUAGGCCAACAGAUGUAUUAUGAACCAUUUUCACAAACUUAUAAUCCUGGCUGGCGUGAUCAUCCAAACCUUCGUUAUGGGAAUCAACAACAAAUAGCUCCACAACCAACAUCAGCGAGGCCACCUGGUUUCACUAUACAACAGAGGUCUCAAAAUAAUUUUGUACCUCGACCAUCACAAGCACCGCAAGCUGUUCCACCACCAAGUGCCAAACCUUCUACUGAGGAUGUAAUUAAUGCACUUGCUACAAAUACUCUUCAAUUUCAGCAAACCACCCAAGCUUCCAUCAAAAGUUUGGAGAAUCAGGUGGGACAAUUAGCAGCAUCAUAUAACCGGUUGGAAGCUCAUCUGUCAAAUAAAUUGCCUUCACAACCUGAGAUGAAUCCCAAGGAGAAUGCUAGUGCAGUAACUUUGCGAAGUGGGACGCAAUAUGAUCCACCUAGUCCUCCAAUGCUCAGUAAAUUGUCAUCCAAGCCACAAGUUGAUUGCUCAGUUAAAGAAGAUGUUCCUCCAAAUCCAACCACCCCUACACAACUAAGCCCUAAGCCUACUUUUGUCAUUCCACCUCCAUUCCCAAACAUACUAAAGAAGACUAAAAAGGAAGAGGCUACGAGGUAUCCAAGUGAUGUACACGCUGUUUACUCUCUUGAUGUGUUGGAUAUCCUUUCUCAACGAGUUUUAGAUUUGCAUAUUGAAGAUUGUUUGGAGGUUGCGUUGAGAGAGCAUCUUGUGUUGACCGAUGAAGAUUUGUCUCAUGAGAUCAUGGAUGUCAUAACCACACUCAAUAGUGCCAUCAAAUUUUUGGCGCCGUUGCCGGGGAAGCCACUUCCGGAGCAUCUCAAAUAUGUUUACUUGGGGAAGAACGAGACACUUCCAGUUAUAAUUGCACGAGAUCUUAAUCAAGUCCAAGAAGAAAAAUUAAUGAGAGUACUCCAAGAAUAUAAAACAGCCAUUGGUUGGUCUAUUGUUGAUAUUAAGGGGAUUAGCCCUUCUAUGUGCAUGCACCGAAUUUUACUUGAAGAAGGGUCUAAACCAACACGUGAGGCACAACGGAGAUUGAAUCCACCUAUGAUGGAGGUUGUGAAAAAGGAGAUACUGAAGCUCCUUAGUGUGGGUAUUAUUUACCCAAUUUCAGACAGUCAAUGGGUGAGUCAUGUUCAGGUAGUGCCAAAGAAGUCUGGAAUCACAGUGGUAAGGAAUGAUGAAAACGAGCUGGUACCAAAAAGAAUGCAAAUCGGGUGGCGAGUUUGUAUAGACUACCGAAAGUUGAAUGCGGCAACCCGUAAAGAUCACUUUCCAUUACCGUUCAUUGAUCAAAUGCUUGAGAGUGUUUAUGGUGACUCAUUUGAUCGCUGCCUUCAUAAUCUCACUUUGGUACUCCAACGGUGUAUUGAAACUAACCUUGUGCUUAAUUGGGAAAAAUGCCAUUUUAUGGUAAACCAAGGUAUAGUUUUGGGUCAUGUGAUUUCAGUCAAGGGAAUAGAGUUCGAUAAGGCAAAGAUUGAUUUAAUUCGUUCUCUACCAUCUCCGACUAAUGUGAAAGAAGUGCAAUCAUUCCUUGGGCAUGUUGGGUUCUAUCGGAGAUUUAUCAAGGAUUUCUCUAAAAUUUCCACACAACUAUGCAACCUUCUCCAAAAAGACGUAAAGUUCAAGUUUAAUGAAAAGUGUUUAGUGGCUUUCAACUUAUUAAAAGAGUCUUUGACUACAGCUCCUAUAAUUCAGCCACCGAAUUGGGAGCUACCUUUUGAACUCAUGUGUGAUGCUAGUGACUAUGCUGUGGGUGCUGUUCUUGGGCAAGCUCUUGGCGGUCAUUUUUUCCUUGGAAAAGUUUCGGCAUACUUGAUUGGAACUAAAGUGAUUGUGUAUACCGACCAUGCUGCUCUUCGCUAUUUAUUGGCAAAGAAAGAAGCCAAGCCUCGGCUGAUCCGAUGGAUUCUACUUCUUCAAGAGUUCGAUUUGGAGAUAAAAGAUAAAAAGGGUUCUGAGAAUAGGGUGGCGGGUCACUUGCGUCGUCUUAUUUGGGAUGAAGAUAAUUUGCCCAUAGAAGAAAAAUUUCUAGAUGAGAAACUCCUUGCCAUGCAAGAAGUUAUUCCUUGGUAUGCCGACAUUGUAAAUUACCUUGCUUCAAAAGAGUUACCAAGUGAUCUCACACAAGCACAACGGAACAAGAUCAAGCGUGAUGCUUGCCACUACAUAUGGGAUGAACCUUAUCUUUGGAAGCAUUGUACUGAUCAAAUCAUUCGAAGAUGUGUACCUAAAUCUGAAUUUCGUUCCAUCCUUGCUUUUUGUCAUGCUUAUGCUAGUGGUGGACACUUUGGACCUAAGAGGACAGCUCGUAAGAUAUUUGACAGAGUUGCUUAUCAUCCACAAGCCAAUGAGCAAGCGGAGGUUUCUAAUCGUGAAAUUAAAUUGAUUCUUGAGAAAACUGUAAAUCCAAACAGGAAAGAUUGGAGUACAAGGCUUGAUGAUGCCUUGUGGGCGUAUCGUACAUCAUAUAAAACACCUAUCGGUAUGUCACCUUAUCGGUUGGUGUAUGGGAAGCCUUGCCAUCUACCGGUUGAGCUAGAGCAUAAGGCGUGGUGGGCCGUAAAGAAGUGUAACAUGGACAUGGUUGCUGUAGGACAACAAAGAAUGCUUCAAUUGCAUGAGCUAGAAGAAGUACGCAAUGAAGCAUAUGAGAGUUCGAGAAUCUACAAGGAGAAAACCAAAGCUUUCCAUGACAAACAUAUUCUUCGGAAGAGUUUUGUGGAAGGUCAGAAAGUUCUCAUGUAUCACUCUUGCCUUAAACUCUUUCCUGGGAAGUUGAAGUCUCGCUGGUUAGGUCCGUUCAUUGUUACCAAGGUUUUUCCUCAUGGAGUGGUCGAAGUUGUAAGUCCAAGUACCGGAAAUUCAUUCAAGGUGAAUGGUCAGCAAUUAAAGCCAUAUUAUGAAUCAAUGGAGGAAGAACAAGCUGCGGUGAUUCACCUCAUUGACCCGAGGCUUGUGGAAUAUGCAAGCUAUCGGGAUAUUUGUUAUAGGAUGGAUCAGGCUCGUUUGAAUGUGGAUAUGUCUACAUAUCCACCUGCUUCUACUUGGUUGCAGCCAUACCCACCACCGGUUCCCAUGCCCAUGGUGCCAUAUCAGGCCCCUGAUGAUGAGGAAGUUGCUGGCACGGCAGAUAUGGAUAUUCUUGAGGAAUGA